UAUUAUUCAUAAAUCCUGUAAUAGGUUUUGUUCGAUAAAUUCUAACAUCCAUGAAAUGACAGGUCAGUUUUCGGCAUCAUCGAUAGUGAACUCCAUAUUCAGGAUGAGAGUACUCAUUUUGGUUGUUUGCUUCUACUUUUUCUCGGUUAACGCAGUGGAUAAUGAAGAUUUACAGACGUGGGUCGAAUCAUGCAGGAGUGAAACUGGUUUCGAUAAAAAGAACUAUACAGAACUAGAAGACCUCAUCAAAGAUCCAGAGUCCAAGAAACUGUUUUUGUGCGUAGCAACGGUCGGAGGCAUGUUAGAAGAGGAUGGAUCCAUGAAUAGGACCGCGGUCAGAGAGGUUCUUCCAGAAAAAAUAAAAAAAUCUCCAGAUUUGGAGAGACUUCUGGAUGAAUGUGUCAUCAAGAAAGAUACGGCCGAGGAAUCAGUUUUCAACACAUUUAUUUGUGUGGAAAAAAGAAUAUACUAUACAAUUUACGGAAAGAAAUUAGAUAUUUGAACACUAUGUACACAAUAUAAAUAAUAAAAUAUAUGGUUGA